GGGGGAUCGCCCUAUAUAAGCGAAACACUGGUGCGUGAACAAGACCGUGCAGAGCUGUCUCCUUCUUCUGUUCCCCUUAGCUUCUCUGUCUUCUGCGGGAGAAUUGCCUUCUGAGGCGCGACGAAGGAAAAAGAAAUCAUGUACAAGCACGUGAUACUCGCCGUUCUCGCAUGCAGCGCCUACCUGGUCCUUGAAACCAGUGCCCAGACGUUUGUGGCUGCACCACCGGCUGUCGUAGCCGCCCCCGUGGAGGUGCCCCAGCCGUACUCCUUCGGCUACGUCUCCAACGACAUCGAGGGCAGCCACGGCCACGAGGAGACCGGUGACGGCAGCGGCCGCGUGUCCGGCCGUUACUCCCUGAGCCUCGGUGACGGGCGCACCCGUGUGGUCACCUACGUGGCUGACGAGUUCGGCUACAGGGCCGAUGUGGUCACCAACGAGCCCGGUACCGAGUCCAGGCCAGCCGCUGAUACCACCUUCACCUCCAGCGCACUUUCCGGACCAGACGCUGCCGCCGCCUACGAGUCCACGAGGCUCGGCGGUGUCGUCGUUGGCCGUGCCUAAAUGAUGACAGUAGAAGGAGACCCGCUCUAGAAGACAACACACACAAACUACACGACAACUUACACAAGGGCCCGCGGUCAUCUUCAGAGACGGGCAGCCAAGUUCGAGGCGAAGCGUGCAAUUUAAGCCUUCCUGAUUCUGGAUGAUAGAGUGCUCUAUAGCAAGUAGAUGUGCGGUAACGUUAUUGCGCAGUAUUGGAUUGAAAUCUCCACGAACUUGGCUGCACUGCACAGAUUCCCUGCUUCUUGAUACUUCUUUGUGCCGUGUUACUUCUCUGUACCCCGCUGCCCCCUCCCUCUCCCGGCCGCAACGACUUCGAUGCUUGGGAGGUCCUAACUGCGUUGAGCAGAAACGCAAAUAAUUUACACCGCCCUUGCCUCGCAGUUGUUGCGAUGAAGUGUGCCCACCACGUGUCUUUCUCGUCUUCUUUCUCCCAACACUCUUGCAGGCUUCCUUACUUUGCCAAACUCGUACUGUCCGCGUCUCGUGUUCUCUGUUGUCCGUUCGUCUUUGUUGAGCUCCUCAAACGCCAGCGUUGCCGCACUUUCUGUUCUCGCAAAGCAAAGCACUUAGCAAAAUACUCUCUUACUCUCUUUCACUUCAUCUACCCUGCUGGCUUUUGUGGGCUCUGGCAAGAGCAAACCGUGGUAUAGCUCACGUCCAUAUUUGUCGCCUCUGUCUAAUAUUUGUUGCCUGUAGUUCCCUGUGCCAUAUUCCUUAAGGCUUUCUCCCGCACCCCUAUCCCUUUUUCCUCAAACUGUUCUCCUUCUCUUUUCACAUCUUUGUUUUGUCCUUUGUUCUAAAAUGGAAGCGUCGGGUCAAUUGUCUCAAAUGACUAGUGGUACACUAACGUCAGAGAAACAAACAUUACAUGUACACGAACAGUACUUUGCUCUCAAAUGGAAACUCUUUCAGCAUUGAUACCAGGGUCCACACAAAAGAAUUUCUUGAUAGCUUGGUGGCGUACAUUGCUAAGUGAGGUGUGUCGCUGCCCUAAAUCUAACUUAUUCUGCCCAUUCGCACAGGGACACGAGCUACUCAGGACGGAAAAAAAUUUCGUGGUUAACGGCUACGCUUUACAUGAGAAACACAACGACAAGAAAACGACAGACACACCUAGGCAUUUCGCAUUUUACAUAACAAGCCAGACAUUUUGGUAACACGCACCUUCAGACGAAUAUCGUACUUUUCCACAUCACUUUGCUCCCUUAUCGGUGUCAGUGUGGAGAGCUGAUUAUUUACUUGAAGAACCUGUUGUAGCUCGAUUUUUUUUAUUCGUCACCAAGUGCUCAUGUCAGCCGGGCAUGCGUUGCAGCCUACGUGAACGGAUUCUUCAGUUGUGGUCGUGCUUCGCAUCUCAACUUCUUUCACGGAUACCUGUAGUAUUUCGCUGACCUGAACGAAUUCUCUCCAAGCGAAAUGGCCUCGCUGCCUCGCUCAAUGCAGCGUUUCAGUAGCGAACCUUUCGUUUGACCUUUCGGUUUGAAACAAGUUCCAUUGUUGUUGUUUUGGAACAAUGUUAUGUUCUACGGCUAGUCGAAACGAGUCUUUGUCAAAUAUUUCUAGUGAAACGAAAGAUCGACUGCUUUAUGCAAUGGUGU